CUCAGUCGUAAUAAAAGUGUAGUGAAUUAGGCAAGCUAUCUGACAAGUGAGCAAUUGAGCAGCAAGCAAGCAAGCAAGCAGCAAUCCUGGGAGAUCUUUGCUGUUGUACAUUUCUCUUCUGUCCUCCAUGGAUGAGUUCGACGAUCUCUGCUGUUCCGUCUGUUUGGAUAUUUUCGAGAAACCAUUACGAGUGCCCUGUAAACAUGUGUUCUGCAUGGAUUGUAUCUCGUUGUCGAUGGCUCUAGCAGAACCAAAAUGUCCCGUCUGUCGGACAGUGUUUAAUCCUCGUUCUGUGCACACUGCAACGGACAUUCAGGCCAGAAUAUCAAAUACUGAAGGAACAUGUCAGUGGUGUGUGAAGAAGAUGAGUCUCUCCAAGUUGAAGCAACACUCAAUGCAAUGCAGCAAGAUGGACAAAAAAAUGCCCCAGUUCAAACCUGUAGCUCCUACCUCACAACCCUGUCCUAGCAAUGUCCCCAACAGAUCAACGUUCCAAUGUCCUUACUGUGGUGUCCGUAAUCUCGACUGUCCAUCUUUUGUCCAACACUGUCUCACGCAUCAUUCGACCAGCAAUGCCAAAGUUGUGUGCCCUAUAUGUACCUCUAUGCCAUGGGGUGAUCCCCAUAGACUCAGUGCUAACUUCAUUCGUCACUUGAGCUUGAGGCAUCGCUUUGAAUACGAUACAUUUGUUGAUUUCUCUAAACAUGAGCAAGAGAUGAUUGAAGAAGCUAUAAAAGCGUCUCUCCAAGACCAGUGAUUCCUGACAACCCAACCAUUGUGAUGGUGCUGGUGGUGACGGUUCCGGUCGUCGUAGCGGCUUCCUAUUUUUUCUUUCAACUUAUUUAAUGCAGCCCUACACUCCCUGUUCCUCCCCCCUCUCUCUCUCUCUCUCACUCACUCUUUCUCUCCCUCCUCCUCUCUCUCUCCCUCCUCCUCUCUCUCUCUCCCUCUGUCUCCUCUCUCUCUCUGUCUCCUCUCUCUCUCUGUCUCCUCUCUCUCUCUCUGUCUCCUCUCUCUCUCUCUGUCUCCUCUUCCUGUUACUCGCUGCUGCUACCUCCUGCAACAUUUACUCGGUUUCCUUGUAAAACUGUGAUUUGAUGAUUUUAAAAAAAAAACCUGAAAAAGAGAGAGAAAAA